AUGCGUGGCCACGUGGCGUUUGCGCUGGCAGCAUUUCUCACAGAAUGCAUGGGCGAAAAUGGCCCGCCCUCCAAUCUGUUUGUGGAUUUCACUGACCAUGUGAGUGUGACGUUGGAAAAGAUGGCUUCCUUCCUGGGUGUGAGCGCUUCCGGCUUUUCCCUCGACGUCGCUUUCGGACGCACCAACUCCCAAUCGAGCACGGCGCUUCGAGGGGUGGACACUGUCCAAAGAGAUCCAGUAAGGAUCGGAGUGUACGAGAUCUCUGGCAACAGGCCAAUGCUGUGUGCCACAAGGCGCGUGAUCUACUCCAAGACGCAAGACGUUUGCCGACUGUUGAGUUCCUCUUUUGCAGUUCACUACGAUGCAUGCCUCGGCGGUGGAGCUGGUGAAUGCUCGGACACAGCCGCGCAUUCUGCAUUCACCGUCAAUCUGGGCCGAGCCGUGACAACCAUGGUACUGCCCGUUACUCGAUUUUGGAGGAACGUUCGACUCGCCAGCGUCGCCGAGUGCAAGGAGGUGCAGCGCCUGCGGGGGCUCGAGGGCAUCGCUCUGGAGGCCCCGGUGCUUCUGGAGAAGCAGCGCGAUUGGUAUGCGCGGUUCUGGAAUCUAGAGUUCUUCAAGAGGGACUGUGGACACGACUACUGGCUACUGAGCUGGCAAGGUGCCAUUGACCAGAUGACGCUUCACACCAACAUCGCCGAUUUUGUCGAGUUCACCCGGACGGUUCAGCGCAUGGACCGGAAAUGCGAUCAGGAGAAGAGCAUUGCCUUCCCACGGCUGAUCCUGGAUGGCUACGUCCUACCAGGACGCUCCCUCCCAAAAAGGAAGUUCUUCGACGAAUGCUGGACGAAGCUUGGGCCAGAUGGCCUGUCAGAUCUCACCCCGAGGCUGGCGCACGCCUUCGCACAUGCCUUCGAUUUGCAGGACCCUCCAGCGAUGUUGGAGUUUUUGAAAGACCCCAUGGAGACUCUGUCAAGGUUCUACAAGGUGACACUGGCCGCCACCGGCUCCAUCACGCGGCUCCAUGUAGAGAAUGCUGGUGCCCAUCUCUGGUUCAACCAGAUCGAAGGAAGACGAGUGCUACUUGGUCCAAGCCUGGCCAUCUUUGGCAGAGAGCGCAACCUCUUGGUUCAGAUCAGGUUCUUUUUGUUUCCUCCAUCCGAGUCCCGAAAGCUCUACGAAGAGACAGGAGGGCCGAUGCAGGAGACGAGUGGCUUUGCCACGCGCAUCAGCGGGGUGGACUUGUUCGCGCCCAGCGCCAAGCGCCAUCCGCUCUUUGCCGAGGCGAGCUGUCAGGUCGCUGUGCUUUACCUCGGCCAGACUCUUGUUAUCCCCUCGGGAUGGUGGUGGUACUCUGUCACCCUGGACCCAUCCGUCACGCUUUGGCAUCAGUUCUGGACCGACGAGAACAAGAGCCAGUUCCCUGAAAUUGCUUGGGAGUACUUCAACUACCAGCUUCGUGGCUCUCGAAAAGCUAUGUCACCGAGUCGUAGGGAAACAGCCUGA